GUCCGGCAGCUCUGCUGCUAGUUAGAAAUUAGAACAGCCCAAAAAUUGCGCUAGUGGUUUUUGGGCAGAGAAAUUUUAUUUUCAUUAAUGGAACUACGUACAAAAAAUAUGAAGACUACGGUUUCGUGUGUCAAAGUGUAAUCGUUCAUCGCUACAAUGGGAAAAGAUCAAGAUCUUCUGGAAGCAGCACGCAUUGGUAAUAUUGCCGUAGUAGGCAAAAUUCUCGAGCAGAUUUCGAAGCGCAGCAGUGGCCCUUUUUCAAGCUUUCGUCGGAGUCCGUGCAUCAACAGCCAAGAUGUGAAUGGUUAUACCCCACUGCAUCACGCAUGUCUCAAUGGCCACGGAAACAUAGUACGUCUUUUGCUAGCUCAUAAUGCUGCACCUGAUAUGCCGGACAUACGUGGUUCGACUCCGUUGUAUUUAGCUGCUUGGGCUGGUCAUGAUGAGAUAGUAAAACAACUUUUGCUUCAUUCGCCAAAUACAGCUAAUCCGAACUCUCAGACGAUCGACAAUGAAACGCCAUUGCAUUGUGCCGCACAACACGGACAUAAUACAGUCCUAGCUAUUUUGCUUGCAUAUGGGGCGGAUCCAACUAUACGCAACAACAGUUUCCAGACCGCAUUAGAUCUAGCAGCGCAAUUUGGGCGACUGCAAGCAGUACAAACGUUGAUACGCACACAUCCCGAAUUAUUGGCGCCGUAUCGCUCGUCUGGCAUUAAUACGCCUUCGAGUCCGAUAGCUGAGUCCACGCCGUACACAAUUUCACCCUCAACACAUCUUUUUACGCAUACAUGCUUGCAUUUAGCUAGUCGUAAUGGACAUAAAAAAGUUGUGGAAGCACUGCUGGCUGCCGGCGUCGACGUCAACAUUAUGACGAAUUCGGGAACUGCUUUGCACGAGGCUGCACUUUGCGGCAAAAAAACUGUCGUCAAUGUUCUAUUGCAAGCCGGUAUCAAUCCACAUGCAACCGAUGGUGCAGGACAUACAGCACUAGAUUUGCUUAAAGAUUAUCCACCGCAUGUCACCUAUGAAAUUGUGUGUGCAAUAAAAGAUUUUUAUAAAGACGCCUCGAAUGGUACGCAUUUCAAGCCGAUAAACGAUUUCAGCGAUGCGGACGAUCAUGAGCGCAGUGAUGCAUCCAUCUCGCCAGUGCCAAAUUUAGCCUUGCAACGAAGGCAAAACGAUGCUAAAGUCAGUGCUACUGCACACAAGGAAUUUCUAAUGCCAAAGACUAUAAAGCCCAAUAGACUUUCUGCUUCCAUGAGUUCAUUGGAACAGAGUAUAAAACCGCAAUCAAAUUAUUUAAAAAUGAAGCCCAUACUUUGGCAAAAGUCCGUUAGGAAUAUUGCCCCACCGAAUUUCAUUGAUUUGACUGCCAACGGAUCGGCUGUUUUUGCACCCGUAAACAAACAGCGAUCGCUGUUGAGUGUCGUUAAUAGCCAACAGCGUGCACGUAGUCCCAGCAGCCCGAGUAGGUACGGCAGCAGCGCUCAAACGUAUCACAAAACAUACGAGCACAUCUCUUUUGCCAAAACUGGAUCGACGAAUAAUCUCUUCCAUGGGCUUUGUGCGAAAAGCACUUUUCCUGCCACACGGCAUGCGAAUGAGUAUGUACAGAUGACUGACACAAAUACUUUAUCACAAUCAUCAACAAACAUUGCACCGAAAAUAUCUUUGCAAAGCUCGCAUGCCACAAGCGUCAAUGCCAAUGCACGGCAACGUUGUGUGGAUGAGUAUAUAGAGAUGACUGAUUUAAAUACUAUUACAUGCUCUGCACCAAAUAUUUCAUCGCCGAAAAAACCUAUACCAAGCCCGCGUACCAUAAAAACCAAUGACUAUGUCAAUAUCAAUCAUGUUUUAACAACAUCAAAGUCAAAUAUUAAUCGCACGAAAGCGGCAACAGAGUUAUCACCAGUAACGCCGCAAGAACUACAGCACGAAAGCCCACCGCAGCCAUUGUCCAAGGUAUCGCGAGCGAAAGAUGCAAACAACAACAGCCCUUGUAUUGAUGAUAGUAAAGACACAAACAAUAAGAAACACUCGCCCACACCCGAUUUCCCGCCACCAACGGUAUCUCAGGCCGAACACGCAAUACUCAAAUUUAUACGCCCCAAAAGCAUUCAAAGCAAGCGGCGUUCGUUAGGUCUGAAAGAACAUCCUCAUAACGAUCUUGAAUCUUUCAUUGUGGAUGCCAUAAAUCAAUUUGAGCUGCCCGGCUCUCCCACUAGCUCUCGUGCUUCGGAUUGUGUGGAGGAGUUUGUGGGCGAUGCACCUUUUGCCGGGCUAUUUAAAGGUUCUACAUUAAAUUUGGCGAUAGAUAGCAGAGAGGAAGGAUCUACAAUUAAUAAUAUACCUAGUGGCUUACGUUCACCAAGUUUGGUACGCUCGAUAAAGCCGCUGCCACCUAAGCGGAACAGUUUACUACAGCCGAAGAUAUCUGCUGACAUUGAAGACUUUAAUGCUUCGCAAGUGUGGGCGGAGAUCGAUACAAUACUAGAAAGAAUUGGGAAUGAGGUUAAUUAUGUGGAUAAGUCUUUACAGCCGGAGCUGGUAAUCGAACCAAAUACCACCACUCCCACCGCUAACAAAGAAACGUUGCAAAUACGCGGACCGGCUGAUUUGUGCUUGGGCAAUAAUGAUAACUGCACGACUAAUUGGUGUCAUUCGCCGAACACUCUCAUCUUUGGACAAAUACUUUACACUGCCUAUUAUCUAGGGUCAACAGUCAUAAGGGAACUACACGGUACUGCUUCCACACGCAAAUCGAUUCUAAAAUUCAAGCGAAAUGCUACACCACUGCCAGUAGUGAAAGAACGAGAAUCGAAUUUACUGAAGGAUUGCAACAACUUAACCAAAAUGCUAAAAGAGUCUAAUCAGGAUACGCGUCUAAAAGUUGGCCUUGCCGUGUCCUGUGCCGGGGUGAAGUUUUUGAAGGCCGAAAAUAGUUCAACAAUUUGCGCACACGAUAUUGAAAAUAUCAAUUGUGUGUGUCAGGAUGCCGAGGACCUACGCUAUUUCGCAUACAUAACGAAAGAAGAGGAUAUGCAUUACUGCCACGUUUUUAUGGUGGAUAAUUUGGAACUAUCACAGGAAAUUAUUUUGACUUUGGGCGAGGCGUUUGAGGUUGCAUACCAAUUGGCGCUAAGCAAAGUUGGCGAAGUAGCGUCGAAAGCUAAUAAUUCGAAAACUAUGGCAAAUAUAGCCGAGAUAUAGCUAAACUGUUGUGACAUUAACUUUAAUUUAAAAUGUUUAAACUUGUUUGUUUUUGUAUUCAUUACUAGUCGCAUGGCCAUUACAACAUAACUCUUUUGUAUUAACGAAGGUAUUUAGAACCCAUAAGGUUUUGUCUACGGCAUUUUCUUCGAUUGUUACAAGCUCAUGUUGUUGCUGUUAUACCUUUUUACCUAAAAUGGCAGAACGCGUGUAUUUCCGGUAGGGCGACCUUAACGGGCAGUACAACGGUUAAAAACCUAACAGCACUUUGAAGAUUUUGUUAAUUUUAAAUGUUUUAAUAAAAAAAUUGUUAAAAUGCUUA